GGCCUACUUGUUGAACCAGUGACGUGCCACCGAAAAACUAAAAGAAGAAGACGUCAUCGCGCACAUCACUGAAAAGCUGCGCGCGCUCUCGCUCCCUCCUCAUUGAAUCUGCAGCCUCCCUCCUCUUCUGGUCGAUCCCUGCUAGGAAAAAGCUACGUUGAAGAUGUCGGACGAGGGUAAAUUGUUUAUCGGUGGAUUAAGCUUCGAGACCAACGAGGAGUCUCUGAGUGCGGCCUUCGGCAAAUACGGAACCAUUGAAAAAGUGGAUGUGAUCAGAGACAAAGAGACUGGAAGAUCUCGCGGUUUCGGGUUUGUGAAAUACGAUAAUGCAGAAGAUGCUAAAGAUGCAAUGGCGGCAAUGAACGGCAAGUCUUUAGAUGGUCGGGCCAUUCGUGUGGAUGAAGCAGGAAAGGGUGGACGCUCCCGGGGAGGUUUCCAGUCAGGCCAGCGUGGUGGCAGAUUCAGUGGAUCUCGGGGGAGAGGUGGGCGAGGCUACUCCAGAGGUGGGGGAUACAAUGGCGACAGGAGCUAUGGUGACAGGAGUUACGGUGAGAGAAGCUUCGGAGGUGGAGACAGGAGUUUUGGUAGUGGCGGAUACAGGAGUGGAGGAUAUUCCUCAGGAGGCUACAGAGACAAUAGGGGUCAGGGUGGAUAUGGUGACCGCUCUGGUGGAAGCUACCGCGAUGGAUAUGACGGCUAUGCUGCACACGAGUAAACAUCUCCCUGAUUCAAGAUCUUCACUUGGCUGGCUGUAUUUCAAAGAUUCGCUCCUCAAGAAAAAUGUCCACGUGUUAUUGCUGACCUUAGUUUUGUAGUUCUGUUGUAGUAGCUCAAGCAUCUUAAAAAAAAAAAUGUAGCCAUGAGUUUUGGUCAUUCCUUAACAAACCAUGUCACAAUUUAUAGUUCAGGACUUCUACUUGCUUGAUUGGGCAUCUUUAUUCUUCAAAGGUCGGUUGUUAACUAAAAGGCAUCUGUGUAAUCUGAUUAGUAGUCCCAAUUUGGGGAUCACACAACAGCCCUCCACAUGGCUUUUCGUUGACCUGCCACUACUCUUUAUCCAACACGUUGAGUGUUUCCUGAUUUUUGGUUUUUUUUUUUUGGUUGUUUGUUUUUUUUUUGUUUUGUUUUUUUAUAUAUACUGAAAUAUCCGAUGGGGCUUUUUCCCCCCCUUGUUUCCCCUGUCGGUCUCUGUGACUGACCUACCUCUUGCCAGGUUUUAAACUGAGUGAGGAGGAAAGAUCUGAUUACCUUGGGGGAUUUAUGCUAAAUUCCUUUUUACUAUGAAAAACUUAGUUUAGCUGAGGCUCCUGUGUGUUCAAUUUCCCAAAAGAGUGAAUUCCUUUCAGACUGGUGAACCACGCCUCCGAAGUGGCCGGCUGUUCAUGAAGUCUGACCAAGGUAUCUUCUGUGCUCUGCUCAACAUCUGCAUCUUAAAUGUACUGUCAAAUGGACUAAUCUUGUUAAAGUGAUCGAAAAAUGUAACUUCGUUUCCCCAAAGUAAAAUCUCUACCGGGAACGGUUUUGUACUUUAUGUUCUUUGUAUGAUCAGCUUUUUUUUCUUUGUCAGUUUGGCUUCAUGGAGCCUAUUAAACAGACUGUGGAAAAUAA